CGCAAACAGAGAUUGCUACCUGACGUGAUGUGACAUGAGCAGGCAGCGGUAGUCAGUCUCCUUUGGUUUCUUUCUUUUAACAUACUCUUAUUCUUUUAACACACUCUUAUUCUCCCACAGGAAACACAGGGGCGACAGAAAAAUGGCACACACAGAAGUCCGAGAGGAAAAACCCAAAGACCCAAUGGAGGACAUCACGGAGGAACAGUUCCUGAAAAAUCUAUACCUUUUUAUGAAGAAAAGAGACACUCCGAUAGAGAGGAUCCCCAAUCUGGGCUUCAAACAAAUUGAUUUAUUUGUGAUGUUCAAGACUGUCGGUGACUUGGGAGGCUAUCAUCAGGUCACUUCUCAUCAGCUGUGGAAGCAAGUGUACAGCGUGCUGGGGGGGAACCCUCGGAGUACAAGCGCGGCCACCUGCACCCGCAGACACUAUGAGAAGCUGCUUCUGCCAUACGAGUGCCACUUGAAAGGAAUAAUGAUAAGCACUGCGCCGCAGCUUCCACCAAGGCCCUGUCGCUACAGCACAGACGAGGACGGCGGCCAGAGACACUCCAAACGGAGGCUGGUACCGGUGCACAUGCCUCUGAGAUUCCAGAGCAUCCAGUCAGACCCCAGCAGGAGUCUGUACCAUCUGCCUCUUCACUACCCUCACUAUUACAACCCAGGACACCCACUCCUCCCCUUGUAUGGUCUUAUCCCGCCUACAUCACUACCGUCACAUGGCUCCCCUGUCCUCAAGCCCCAGUUCCCUUUACAACCACCUAAUCUUUACCCAAGGCACCUGGACUCAGCAGAUGUGGUUAAGGAGCCGCUGGAGCAACUGCGCUACCUGGCAGAGCGUUACAAAACCUCAUCUGGUCUGACGGAGCCUCUGACAGAGCCCCUGAACCUGAGCGUGAAUGCCCAGGAGACCAACAGUAACCCGGUCUCGUCCUUCUCACCUCUGUCAUCCAGCAAGAAUCCAAAGUUUUUGAACAAACCCUCUACACUGUACACCUCUCACCAUUCAGGAUCGCUGAGACAUGAAGGAUCUGAGACACAAGGAGUUGAGGAAAGUGAAGAAGUCACAGCCUUUUCAUAUCAUCCUGAAGAGAGAACGGCUCAAGUUGUUGAAGUCAGAGCCUUCCCACCUUCUGGGAGCCCUAUAUGCAUCUCUCCUCCGACAGUGGAAGCUGACGAAUAUACCUCUGAAAUGGAACAAGGACCCAAUCUUCCAACAACAGACUUUCCAACCAGGCCAGCAGAACACAGAGAGCGGAGUCAGGAAACAAUGGGGUUAACUUUCAGCCAUGAACUGCACAGCCUCCCUCAACAAGAGGAAGGCAGGAUGGAAAUAGAAGUACCGCUAUCUGUGUUCCGUAACUGGCUUAAGCUGUGCAGGUCUUCUGCCAUGUUGCAUGAGCCGAAGGACACUUGUCCUUCUGACCACGAGGAGAUCUUGGGACAAAGGAGCGGGCCUGGUGCAAACAUCCAUCCCCCAAACCUUAUGUUUCACGCGAAUCGCCAACAUCUGAGCUCGGCCGAAGAUCUGAGCAUGAGAGAUGAAUCAAGCCCAGUGUCAAAAAUCCAGAAAAUCAGUCACCAGCACGGUUCCAGCCAGGAGCACAUCACCUUUCACAAGCGUUUACCUUGGGAUGAAGGUCAGAAUAAUGCUUCCAGCUGUGAACUCUGGCCACCUCAUCAGCAAGAUAUGGAUAAGUCGCGCAAAUUCAACUCCAUAGACUUCUGGGAUGCUUAUAAAGAAGAGAUCCUUGCACCCUUCAAUUCACCGAGGAGGGGCUCUAGCCCCCUGGGAGCUGCAGAAAACUUUACCUCUAAAUUCAAUUACGAAAACAAAGUUACUGGAAGGAAGACAACAGAGAUGGAGCCAUCACCACUAAUGCUGAAUCCCAGCUCUACCUCGGUGCUGCACCUCACCACUGACGAGGUCGUGAAGCUGAAGAAAAUCAUCUCAAACUCAUCAUGAAGAUCGUUAUACUAAGUGUGUUCACAUUUGUAGCAACUGCAUUCACUUAGACCUUUCAACAUCCGACAGGCCAAAAGACAACGCAACAAAUGUGGAACAAAAGUUUCAGCAUUAUCAGACAGAUGCGUCAGUCCAUCUGGACUUGGACCGAGACCCUCCUUUCCAUGGGAUCUCUUGUUUGGUUGUGUCCUACCAUAUGGGAGGCAGUGUUUGCACAUUUUAUACCCAACUUGCCGAUGUUCUGUUUUUCCAGCGUGAAUGCAAUAAUCGCAAACUAGAACGAGACCCCAAAAUUGAGUUUUGAUCCCAAUGAUCUGGUGAACUGUGGUGUAGUCCUCGUGUGGCGAAGGCACAGCAAACCAAGACAGGAUCAAAGGGGCCACAGUUCAUUUGAUUUGCAGCAUUGUAUUUUCAGUAGACUUUGACUCCUGAAGGACUAAAGACUGAUGGAUUUGCAGACAGACAGAAACCUGAUAUCGAAAUAUAUCCAACAAUUCUCAAUUUUCAACUCAAUUUUCAUUGUCUUUCCUCCUGCUUUUUAGGCGUGAAGUCAAACUCUUGAGAACAAGCUUAUUUCAAUAAUGAAGUCAGACUGACAUCACAGCUGCACAUGAUGCAGAUUAAAAUAACUUGAGGAAAUAAUUUGCCGUCAAUCUCCAAAACCGGCUUAAUCCACAAGGAAUGUGCUUCUCUUUUAGUCCAAGAACACAGUGUUAUUUUAAGUAUUGGGAUUAGUUGUGUGUGAUUGGAGGUACAAACACGUCAUAGUGGCUGGAUUUGACAGAUACAUUGAAGUUAUUCAUAAUGAGUUGUUUUCAUUCUCAAAAUGCAAAAUAAAUAAAUCAGUCUCCCGUCGCUCCAUUUUUGUUGUUAAAGUAGCAUUAGUAGUGGCAAGAGUUAACAGUUGUCUCGCAAAUGUUAUCAUUUUAUUUGAGCGCUAAUGCAUGUCAGAAAUAUACCUUUGACAAAUUAAAUGUAAUUAAUUUCAUUUAAAAUCAUUCACAUCAUGUAGCAAACCCUGAUUUGAAGAAAUUGUGCAUUACUGACUUCUUUUUUUUAAGGUUUUCUGUAUAGAAAUGAUACUUAAAAGUUUAAGGACUCUUUUCUCCUUUCCUGUUUUUAAAUAAAUCUGU